AUGUCUCUCAACAGCGAGCGGGUCGAGGUCGACCCAGUCCCUUCAGAGCCUACAAUCUCUAAAGAGGCGGAUCUGCCGCCGUCCGCAUAUGACGGCAGCCAUCUGCAUUGGAAGGCUUUUCGUCAACAUGUGCUUGGGCCACACCGCAUCAGGAUCAUAGAUUCACCCCCCAAGGAGAAAAUCCCCACAGCCCUUGUGGCGAUGAUCGAGGCGGAAAUGCCCAAUGCGGCCAGAUUUGGCGAGCUCAAGCAAGCCUUUGGGGAGCAAGUCGAGACAGGGCGUGGAUUCGGACCGUCUCCUAUCUUCCCUCCGAAUCUUCUUCCGCCUAUCGACGACGAACCCAGACUUGCCCGUUGUAUGAUUCCCUGCUUCAGCCGCGACAUCCUUCCAGAGCGCGCUCUCAACCAGAUGGGCCCCUUCUUCGAACUGCAAGUACCUCGAUCCGGGCUUGGAUGUGGUUUCUCCUGUUCUGCCUUGAGCCCGGAAGAUGUGGCUAGUCUUCCUUCUUGGCUCGUUACCACUGGGACCGUUGUCCACUUCGACACCGGCUAUAUCUCCCCUGGCGCGGCUCUCUACUGCCCUUUCUUGACCUUCGAACGGGCGUACGGUGAAAAAGAACAGCGCUUUGAGGCUGCCAACAACCAAAGCGCAGUGGGCGGAGCCUGUUGCGUCAGGGCUCUCCAGAUGCUUUACACGAGAGCUUGGAAGGGGCAAAUCAUGCCCGAGCUGCCUGUGGCCUUUUCGUGUGUCAUCGACAAUACCUUCGCAGUCCUGAAUAUCCACUGGAUUGACCACGGGCAGGCCUAUUUGAUGUCGCCCUUGUGCAAGUUUGACCUUAGCAAAGACGAUCAUUUCACCUCCUUUCUUGUCUGGGUCGAUUCGAUCGGCAAAUGGGCCCUGGCACAUCUGCUCCCAUUGGUAAAAACUGCUCUGGAACGCUUGCGCUCCGAAGAAGACACGCCUCCGCCCACUCCACGCGCUACGAGACUGACGCUAGAUACUGGCGGGUGCCCCAACGAUAUGCUUAUCAAGUCUCUGAAGACGACUUUCGACAACAUCCCUUGGAGGUUUGAAGACGACGAAUUCACGCCUGUGAGCAGCAGCACUGCCAGCUGGGGCAGCCCAAUGACCACAGACAUCGGCUCGAAUGUGGUCUUUCCGACACAGAAUCCGCGCACGGUGGCAGGCACUCCUACUUCUGCCGUUCAAAGGCGACAGUACCUUGCACAGCUAGGUCAGCAUCCCACACCUCCACCGGCUUAUGCUCAGAAUCCUGAACUUGUGUGGCAGAAACGGUUCUCCCACGCCAUGGACGAGGUCCGGGAUCUGCAACGUCAACUGCUAGUCCUGAAGAACGACGUCAGUGGAUCGAAUAUGUCCUUUCAGAACGAGUUGUCUGGUAUCAAGACGACCAUCAACUCGCUACUGAGAAAGGAGACCUUCACGCUCCGGAACAGGUCGUUGUCUAUGGGGAUCCAAGAGACCUGGUCGAUACAGAACAACGUACCCCGAAGCCCACUAGUCAACGAAGUCCGUCCCCGGCCAGCAUGGAUUCCUGAGAAGGCUUUCAGAUUCGCGACCGACAAGAACGCCAAAGCCUCAAUCUUUACGGCUGAGAAGAACGUCUCUAUCCCGCAAUCUCCAAAAGGCUUGUCCUCAGGCCUUCCCUCUCCUGGCCUCCCAUCUCCCGGCCUCCCAUCGCCGGGCAUGCCGUCUCCCACCUUUUCGAUUAAUAGCGAGGCCAACAUGUUCGGUCGAGUACCUGCUGUCAUUGUGGCGGUCGCGGUGAUCUUGCUUCUUUGUCACCUUGUGCUGUGGCGCGAACUGAUCACGAAGGUCUGA